CACCAGGUCUACAGUUAUACAGAAGCCUUUAUCGUAAAUACUCUGUCUCGAAAUAUCACUACCCAAUACACAUAUAACCGAUAUUAUCAGAUGGAAACUUAAGCCGAACUGUUCGCCAGUCUGCAGAUUCGUUUCAAAAUAUUGAAAAUUAAUAAUAUGUUAAUUGAUGCAUGAAACGCCAGUGUGAAUUUCUAUUGUAAUUGACAUCAAAAUGCGGCAUUUAAAGUUCGUUUUGUUCCAGCAGAAAUUCAAUGACUAAUAUCCCACCUGUGAAUACACUCCGUAUAUCAAACUGUAUUGAAUAGGAGAACGGAAUCUUACAAACAGUCUCAAGACCAUGGCCAAAGUCAACAAACAAAGAACGGACGAUGAGAUGGCCACGCCUAUAUUUCCGUUGCUGUCCAUCCCUUGCAAUGAUCUAAGACCAUCCAACAGAAGGCGUGCUGAAACAGCUCGUAUAAGAGAGAAGUGGCUUAAGAGUAAAGGUGCACACAGUGAUGAAUUCGAGGAGAACAUUGACUCCACCUUCCGAACAAAGCUACGACCUCCGGCGAUAAUAAUGAGGCGACAACUAAUGAACAACAGAAACGCCAGGAGUGCCACGUCAGUCGAAUGGGUGAGGCCAGUCAAACCGGAAGUUGCAAGGUGGAAGAAAGAAUUCGAGGAGAGAUUCAAGAACCAAGUGUCAAAAAAGGCUACCACGAAGCGACUGAGUUAUGCACGUGUAAUACAGCCAACCACGCCUAAAAAGUUACAGCCAAUAACAGACCAGAACGAAUCGAAUGGUACACUUUUCUACACGACCAACACACGGGCACCACCAGGAGGAGUCCCUGAGAUGAAAGGACGAUACAUAGUAGCGCCGGGAUGGUGUUCGGAAUAUGUGUCGUGGCAAAGUUCCAAACUCGACAGGACGCUUUCAGAGAUGCACCGUCAUAGUUUAUUUUGACACCAACACGCAUAAUCUAGAUGUGUCUACGGUAGCCACAAGUGCAAUAGGACGUUAUGAUUCUUUUCUGGAAGUCAUGCUCAGUUAAUGCGAAUCCGACUGAAAAUAAUAUAAGCGUUGUUGUUCUUCCACAAGUAUUUAUAGUGACCCAUUUUCUGUCAGAAAGUGAGAAACAAUAAUUAUGAAAUGUUAAUUAAUAGGAAACAGACAUAAUUGUAACAUUAAUCUGUUACGUAGAGGUAGUUGGGCACAUCACUAGUCACUGUUGUUUCAUUUAUAUGGUGUACAUAAAUCAGUGGGUUAAAACUAAUCUAUGUGAUUACGCUUUUAGUACUCGCGUGGUAUCUCUUUAUGAUAGCAGCAUCAUUCAAAAAUAGCCUCCGUGAGUUGCUGUACAAUUUGACCAUAUGUCCUCGAUACAACAAGUAUCGUUACUGUAAAGGAAUAAGAAUCCAUUUUAGUGGUUAUCUUAGUUUCGCGUUCUCAUGAUGAAAUAUAUAAUUGCACCCAUUGUAGUAUCUAUACUUAAAACGUGCACUCUUUCUACAGCAAGUUAUGUGGAUGUGCCAAUUCAUCAUUGCAGAAAUCUGCUAAAAUUUGAUGAUGCGUUAAAAUAGUCCAGAAUAUAUACAAUCGGGGCAUGUCAGUACCACGGUUUGUAACAAGCGUGAAGUGAUUGAUGAAACCACUGUCGUGUAAUUUGUAAUAAUCCCAAGUAUCUAGUCUCACAGUACUGUAUGAAAUAACGUGUUUGGAUAUAAUUAAAAUGUUAAUUUUUCUAUGA